UGUCUCAACAAAAAUUGAGUCCUCUCGAGUCCAAAUUAUUCUAUUAUUCGUAUAUUUGAAUGCCUUUACAUAAAAUUACUUAAUUAGGCAAAAUGAUACACGCUUCUCGCACUUCACCGCUUGAUUAGUGUUUUCUGCAUUCUCUGUGUGUAUUCACAUAUUUUUGUUGCUCAUUGUGAACAAAAAUUGAACAAAUAAAAUACCUACUAAAAUUAAUUUAAUGAGAACAUAAAGGACUACUUACGGCUACAUGUGAAACUUUGAUUUAAUUGUGUGAAAAUAUUAGAAGUGUGACAUAGCACAAAAUAUGGACCACGGACAGAAAGACCAAAGGAAGGUGCAUCCAUGGCAGAGGGCUAACCUGUUCUCGAAACUUACAUUUCUUUAUACUAGAGGAUUGUUCUGGAGAACGUAUGUUACCAACAAACUAGAAGACGAUGAUCUGUAUGAAGUUCCUGCUUGCUACAAAUCACAAAAACUGGGUGACGAAUUGGAGAAGAAAUUGGAAUUAGAUUUGAAGAACAAUGUUGCAUCGAUUUAUAGAAUUUUAUGGUCGUGUUAUGGGAAGGAAUAUUUAAUUAUAGGUCUGAUUCAACUUUUAUCUAGGACAAUUGUGGUGAUGACUAUACCGAUGACACUUUCAAAGCUGGUCUUAUAUUUUCAACCCAACCAGAAGGAAAUAACAAAGCAAGAAGCAUACCUUUAUGCAGUUUUAUUAAUCGGUCUAAAUCUUAUGAGCAUAAUUUAUAUGCACAAUUACAUGUUGGUCGUUGCAGCAUUAGGGGUAAAAGUGAAGACUGCAUUUUGCUCGCUGAUGUACCGGAAGUCUUUGAAAUUAACGGCCAUGUCUUUGUCGGAGAUACCUAUUGGGAAAAUUGUUACCCUUAUGACUAAGGACGUGGCGGCUUUUGAGAAAAUAAUUUUGUACUGGAAUGAUAUCUGGAUAGGAUUUGUGCAGGCGGCAAUGGUUUGUUACUUAAUAUAUGAAAAGAUGGGAGUUGCAGCGUUUGCCGGAGUUGGAUUUCUACUUGUUGUAAUACCGUUUCAAAUUUAUAUUGGUAAAAAGACUUCCAAGUUGAGAAUGAAAACAGGAGAGAAGACUGACGAACGCCUUCAGGUUACUCGGGAAACGGUCUCAGCCAUUAAAUUAAUAAAAAUGUACACCUGGGAGAGUUUCUUCAGCAGAAAAAUUUUGGAUUCUAGACAGAGCGAAGUUAAUAUAAUCGUAAAAAUAUUUCUAAUAAAAGUAACAAUUCUGAUGAUCGGUGGGCUAACAUCAAAAAUUGCGUUUUAUUUCUUAGUGAUGACUUAUGUAUGGCUAGGACACACAAUUUCUGCCGAGUUGGUAUAUUUCAUUCUUACCCUUUUCCAAAGGCUAAGGCAUGCUCUGAGCGUUGUCGUUCCGUCGGGUAUAACAGAAUCUGCCGAACUACAUGCAUCAGUAAAACGAAUAGACAGUUUACUUAGAGCUGAAACAAUUGGUAGAAAUCCGGAGAUGAUAGCGAUUACUCCUAAAAUCAGUUUAAAAGAAGUGACAGUUGCUUUCAAAGAUAAAGAAGUUAUUCAAAACGUAACAGCAACCAUGGAAUCAGGUUUAACAAUCCUAACAGGGCCUCUUGGUAGUGGCAAAUCCUUACUUUUGAAGACGAUAUUAAAAGAUUGCGAGCUUAAGGAAGGUACGGUCAGCGUAAGUGGAAGAAUUUCAUAUGCGUCUCAAGAGCCUUGGAUAUUCCCUUCAACUCUUAAGCAAAAUAUAGUAUUCGGAGAAAAAUUUAACCAGUCUAGGUACGAGAAGGUUUUGAGAGCAUGUGCUCUUAACUUUGACCUCAGUUUUUUCACAGAAGGUGACAAUCUAAUAAUUGGAGAUAAAGGAGUAAAUUUAAGCAAAGGUCAGAAAGCCAGGAUAAACUUAGCUCGUGCUAUAUACAAGGACUGUGAAAUAUACCUUCUAGAUGAUUGCCUGACAGCUUUAGAUGCUCAUGUGAAAGACCAUGUUUUCAAUGAAUGUAUAAGGAAUUUCUUAAAAGAUAAGUUAAUAAUUUUAGCCACCAGCACGGAAUACCUCCAAGCUGGCGACAAUUUGAUGUUAAUGGAAAAUGGAACAAUAAAGUCAAUUAUAAAGGCUACUAAUAAAGAUGUAGUUGGCCUUUAUAAAUAUCAAAGUCCGAAUAGAGAUAAAUACGAAUAUCAAGAAUAUUAUGAAAACAGUAAAAACGAUAAUGUCAGUGAAGAAACAAAACUCUUGGAGAAAGAUAAAAGUUCCGGAAGGAGAAAUAUAUAUCAUGAAGUAAAAAAAUCUGGACGGGUAGGAGGGGAAGUUUAUAAAAAGUAUAUUUUUUAUGGAGGGGGCUUUUUUAUGCUAAGUUUUAUAAUGAUAUUCUUUAUAUUGACUCAGUCUUCAAAAAGUUAUACAGAGAAGAUGGUAAGCCUCUGGGUUGAUUUAGAAGAAAAUUUAUCCCAGUUUGAGGCAAAUAAUUUAACUAAUACGACAAAAUAUCAAGAACUGACCGCAGAUCAUUCACUAAUCUUAAUUUUGUUUUCCUCGCUGAUUUUAGCGACUACUAUUUUGUAUAUUGUAACUUCAUAUUUGUUCUUUAAUUUUACACGCAGAGCGUCAAAUCGUCUGCAUAAAGCAAUGGUGGAAAAUAUUAUAAAUGCCGUAAUGACGUUUUUUGAUGGUACUCUCAUAGGAAAUAUCAUAAAUAGAUUUUCAAAUGACUUGGCGAUAAUUGACGAAAGUUUCCCAUUUGAUGUGUAUGAAUUCAUUGAAAUUUUUCUGGCAUUAUGUGGAAUAAUCAUUAUAUUGGCAACAGUAAACGUAAUAUUUUUAAUUCCUGCUGCAUUUAUUCUCUUGGUUUUGUUUUUUAUUCGAAAAUAUUACAUGCCCACUGGAAGGAAUCUGCAGAGGCUGGAAUCUGCAACUCGAAGUCCCAUGAUGGGUUACUUGAAUGCCACCUUAGAGGGUUUGACGACUGUAAGGGCAUUUCAUGCUCAAAAACUGUUAACUCAAGAAUUUGACAGGCAUCAGGAUCUAUAUACAUCAACAAGUUUUACCAACAAGUGCUGCACAAGAGCAUUUGGCUUAGCCUUGGAUACGUGUUGUACUGUUUUCAUUGCUGUGAUUAUAGGAUACUUUCUGGCUUCUGAAAAUGAUACGUCUGUUGGAAAUGUUGGUCUUGCCAUAACUCAAGCUUUCAUGUUAAGUGGUUUAAUCCAGUAUGGUAUAAGAAAGUGGGCGGACAUAGAAAAUAAAAUGACAUCUGUCGAAAGAGUUCUAGAAUAUACAACAAAAGAAAGGGAAUUGAAAGGCAAGGGAUCAAGGCCGACAGAUUGGCCGAGUAAUGGAAGGAUAGAAUUUCAGAAUGUGUCAUUGCUGUAUUCUAACUCAAAUGAGAAGGUGUUAAAAAAUGUAACCUUCACCACAGAAGAAAGAGAAAAAAUCGGUAUUGUUGGUCGAACAGGUGCUGGAAAGACCUCCAUCAUAUCCGCUCUUUUCCGACUAUAUGACUAUGAUGGAAAAAUAAUUAUCGAUGGAGUUGAUACUGAAACCAUUGAGUUAGAAUACCUCAGAAAGAAAAUAGCGAUAAUCCCACAGGAUCCCAUCCUCUUCACUGGAACUGUGCGUGGCAACAUAGACCCCUUAGGAAACUACAACGAUGCAGAUAUUUGGUCAGCUAUAAGAAAAGUUAAACUCGAUCAUGUGAUAAGUUCUUUGGACGCGAAAAUUACUGAGUCUGGCACUGAUUUAAGUUCCGGGCAAAAACAAUUGCUUUGCCUGGCAAGGGCUAUAGUGAGUAACAACAAAAUAAUAGUCUUAGACGAAGCUACAGCCAGCAUGGACGAGGAGACGGACGUCCUUAUACAUUCUGUAUUAGAAGAAAAUUUCAUGUCUUGCACUGUUAUAACUAUAGCUCACAAGCUUCAGUCUGUUUUGAAAUGUGAUAAAGUAAUGUUGGUUGAAGAGGGGGAGAUAGCAGAAUAUGAUAGUCCAGUUCAUUUAUUAAGAGACAAGAACGGGCGGUUUUAUAAGAUGAUAGAAAAGGCUGGUUUGUUAGCGUCAAAUGUAUAAUUUCGAGUAGUAAUUAUACUGAACACUAGCUAGAUCAAAA